AUGGAGGGCAAAGACGUCGAUGCACUCACAAGAAAGGUUUUUACCCACUGGCACAUCUCGGAUCUCGCAGACAUCAUGGGCCCCGACAGGUCACCUCCACUUUUUAGUGAACAUCUUCGCCGCAACCUCGCAGCUUUGUCGCAGGAGACGUCGCUCGAACAAGCUAGAGAAUGGCUCACGACUGAGAUUGACGCACGACAGAACGACGGAUAUCAAAACCGAGGGCCACAGCGUAACUUUCUCACUGCUGGCGAUGUCAAAGGAGUCCUGGAAACCAGAGUUCCUGACCGAAAAACAUCUACAAGAGCAAGGUCCUCUUCCCUCCAAGUGCAAUCUCCCAUCUCGCCGACUAGAGCCAUCCAGCCAGUAUCAUCCCUCUCUCCAGUCCCGACAUCCGCUGCUCACAAAUUACCGGGCAACGCCAGCAUACUGCAAACCAUGCGGCAAGCCACGCCCCAACAGCAAGAACAAAGUCCCAACGCUACACAGAUCGAUCAGACGCGGCAGCAGGAGGUCGCAAAAGGUCAGUCUAAAAUUCACGAACGUCAAGGCUGCAUUCAGUCGACCCCACGUCCCCGUCCAAUAUUCAGUCUGCCUUCCGUCGUCAACAGCCCCACAAAGUCCCAGGUUCGGCCUGCGAGCGUCUUAGCCAAAUACAAACGGAAGAGGGCCGAUAUUCUAGCAGAGUUAGCAGAUGACAUACACGAGCUGGACUUACGCGUCAAGGUUGCUCAGUCGAAUGUCAAAUUUGCCCAGCAUAAAGAGAAUAAGGCAAGCAAUGAAUUGCAAAGCGCUCGUAUUGCCGAACAAGAAGCUCCCUCCGAAAGCCAGAUCGAAACGAGAAUCCAGGACAAGGUGCUCUUGCAGGCCGCCCUUGAUGAGUUCAGGACGAAAAAUCAGUCACUUCUUGAGGCGAGACAUGCGGAGAACCUGAGCGGUAACAGGGAAGACACUUGUUUGCCUGAGGAGAACCGACCUAGAUCGGUAGCAUUUUACAUAGGAAAGGCGGCAACACAGAUCGUGGAGGAUGUGAAGAGGUUACAAGAUGAUAGGUUGACCAUAAGAAAAAUAAAGGAAGCGGCCAGUGCUGCUGUGAGAGCUGCGGAAGAAGACCUGGCGAAGAAGAGAGACGAGGUUCGCACUUUGGUCAAUCUGGCGAGUGAUCUGGAGAAUGACUACAACGCCGCGAUCGACGAGAAAGCGUUGCUCGAGUCUUGA